AUGAAGACUCCUCUCAGCCCCUCUCAGUUCCUGGAGAGCGGGCAGAUCUUUGCCUUUGGAGGGGUGUGUCAGGAGCUGAUGGACACACAUAUGCCUGCAGCCAUCGGUCUCUCUGCCCAGCAGACUGCUUCACCAGGUCAGGGCGGGGUCUACUCGCUGUGUGAUGUGUGUAACCUGCAGCUGACAUCUACCGCUCAGGCCCAGCUGCACUACAAUGGCCGGUCUCACCUGCGGAGAGUGAGACAGCUCAAGGCUGGAGAGACAGGACAGCAAACUGGCAGUAGCAGUAGUAAUAACAGCAGUAGUAGAAGUGUGUGUGGUACAAUGGGCAGUGCAUUGCCGGGGCUGAUAGGCGCCAGCGGUCCCUCAGUGAUGAUGAAACCGUUCUUGUCAUUUCCUGUUGAGACGACGUCGCCGGUUGGACUUUUCCCAAACUUCAACACGAUGGACCCAGUGCAAAAGGCCGUCAUCAACCACACCUUUGGCGUUACCAUGGUGCCCAAGAAGAAACAGGUCAUCUCCUGUAAUGUCUGCCAGUUGAGGUUCAACUCGGAUUCUCAGGCGGAGGCUCAUUACAGAGGAAGUCGUCACGCCAAGAAACUCAAGUCUCAGGAGAACAAGGCCAAGGCCAAGAUGUCAAUCACUGGAGAGACCAAUGGGAGCAGCGCUAGUCUUACUGGCCCCGCCCUUCCAAUCUCAGCUAACAGCAGCACCAAUCAGCACACAGAACUAUUAUCCAGCCUCAUCAACCCCUCUUCUCCCCUCAAACCCUUCUUCCUCCCCUCUUCCUCCCCCCUCUCCUCCACCUCCCCUUCCUCUAGUAGAGCGGGCAGCGAGCCUCCGCCCUCCAGCCCCCCCUCCGCUCUCCCCGCCCCAGGCCUCUCCUCCUCCACCUCUUCCAGCUCUUCCUCUUCUUCCAAAGUCCCUCCACCUCCCCCUCCUCCGGCACCUGUCCCCUCCUCCUCCUCCCCUGCUCCUCCUCCUCCUUCCUCCCAGGAUGCACCUCUGUCAGCUGAGUCAGAGGAGGAGAAGGCGAAGAAGCUGCUGUACUGCUCUCUGUGUAAAGUCGCUGUCAACUCUCUGUCUCAGCUGGAGGCCCAUAAUGCAGGUUCGAAGCACAAGACAAUGCUAGAGGCUCGGAGUGGUGCCGGGCCAAUCAAGGCCUACCCUCGACCCGGAGGCAAGCUGAAGAACGGCAGCAGCUCCACACUGAAGGGCUCCGGCCUGCAGAACAAAACUUUCCACUGCCAGAUCUGUGACGUCCACGUCAACUCUGAGAUCCAACUUAAACAGCACAUCUCCAGCAGGAGGCACAAGGACAGAGUGGCAGGAAAACCCAGCAAGCCCAAAUACAGCCCAUAUAACAAACAGCAGCGCAGCUCUCUCACUAAGGAGUUGGUGAAGCCCUCCCUCUCUCCCUCCUUCCUGUCUACUCCCUUCCCCACCUCCUCGCCCCUCUCCACUGCCAUCUCUCUCCAUCCUCGCCCUCCCGCCACUUCGUCUCUCUUCACCGCUUCCUUCCUACGUCCGGCUCCCGGACCAAUGAGAGCAAGCCAAGGAUCGAUUCUCUUCGCUCCCUACUGA